AUCCAACACCAAUAACUACGGCAACGGCGAGCACCAUGACGCCUGUUCUCUUGCUGCAAGCCUUGCUCCUGGCAAGUGCAGCUGUGGCGGCGGCAGCAGCAUCUGAGGCCGGCGACACCGCAGGCGGCAACUCCACCGCGGCUCAAGGCUUGUGCAACGCCGCGGGAUGCCAGACACCGCCGCAGCCGCUGCCCAUCUACGGCGGCCCUCCGCCGUCGCCUCCGUCGACGACACCGCCCUCCCCGGGCAUGCAGGCGCCAUGCCCGCCGGCGGCACCCGUUUGCUGCGGCGGCCAAAACGGGCCUCAGCAGGCGUACAACCAAGCACCUCCGAUCAGCUACCUUCCCUACUACAACGAGUCCGCUUCUUCUUCCGUGCUGGUGCCACCGACUCCGGCCGCCGCCGUUGGCUAUUACGUGAUCGUACCAUGUCUCUUGCUUUGGGUUAUGGUGUAACGGUGAUCGCUGAAAGCCUCGUCCAACAUCAAAAGAGGAUUGGACUCGACGUAAAAAAGAUACUUCACUAGAAGUUGGGGUGUGUUUUUUUUUUUAUGAUAAUACGGUCUUAUUUAUAGAAUAAGAUCAAGUUAUAAAACACGUAAACACCGAUUUUAUAAAACUGAAAAAAUAAAAUUAUCUUAUGCAAAAUA